GGAGGAUCCACAAGUAUUGGACAAACUAGAGGGGCUAUUGAAGGAUUUGUCUUCUGGGUUCACGGCAUUGCCAAUCGAUCUUCCGGGCACAACAUUUAACCGAGCCAUUCGAGGAUCGACGCAACUCAGGGAAGAAAUUGAGAAGAUUGUGGUUGAGAGGAGGAUAAAGCUUUCCACUGCUAGUGCCAAUAGUAUGGUCGACGAGGAUGGUGAUCACGGAGAUAUGUUGUCGAGCUUACUCAUGGAGACAUAUAGCGACGGGCAACAGAUAAGCGAAUCGGAGAUUGCGGACAAGCUGUACGGUGUUAUAGUUGCUGGCUACGACAAUCUAAGCAGUGUGUUGGCUACCAUUAUCAUGUAUCUGGCGGAGUUUCCUCAAGUCUAUGAUGCCGUCCUUAAAGAACAAAUGGAGAUUGCAAACUCAAAAGCAGCAGGAGAGCUGCUGAACUGGGGGGACGUACAAAAGAUGAAAUAUUCAUGGAGCGUGUCGUGUGAAGUGAUGAGAUUGUUGCCCCCAAAUCUUGGGACUUUUAGAGAGGCCACCACCAACUUCGUUUAUGAAGGACAUCUAAUACCAAAGGGAAUGAAGUUGCAUUGGAAUGUGAAUUCGACACAUAAGAACCCAGAAUGCUUCCCGAAUCCAGAAAAGUUUGAUCCGUCGAGGUUUGAGGGAAAAGGACCACCUCCUUUUGCAUUUGUUCCUUUCGGAGGAGGACCUCGAAUGUGUCCCGGCAAAGAAUACUCUCGACUCAAAAUACUGGUGUUCAUGCACAACGUGGUCACCAAAUACAAGUGGGACAAGGUUUUUCCUGAUGAGAAAUUCAUAUGGGCACCUGUGCUUCGUCCAACCAAAGGACUUCCAAUUAAGCUUUUUCCUCACAAUAAAUCCAAUUAACAACGUCGUAAGCCCUUAAAAAUAAUUAAUGGAUGAUCAACGAUCCUAUGAAUACAUGUAAUGCUAUUGGAAACUGUAUUUGGUUUUAGCUAUUAAUUAUUGUUAUUGUAUGAAUCUAUAGUUUGUAGUCUACACGCGAAUCCUAUUCAUGUAUAUGAUUUUAUUAAUGGAAUAAAGAUUGUAAAAGUUAAUCACGUUUGAA